UAUAGUAAGUUUGCACAUGCUAGUCACCACUCAACCAUGGCCAUGGCCUCAACCAAGCCUUUAAGUUCUGUAUAUAUACAGUAAGUUUGCAUAUGCUACUCACUACUCAACCAUGGCCAUGGCCUCAACCAAAAUACUUGAGGUCACCCAUGUGGCUCCAUUCACGGCCACCACCCACUUCACUCUCCCAUUAACCAGCUUCGAUACCUUGUGGUUCAAAUUCCCACCAGUCCAAUCUCUCUUCUUCUAUUCUCUUCCCAAAGACACUACAUUUUUCUUGAACUCUCUUCUCCCAAAACUCAAACACUCACUCUCUCUCACACUCCAACACUUUCUACCUCUAGCCGGAAAGCUAACAUGGCCUCAACAUUCCCCCAAACCAAUCGCUCUUUACACACCAGGCGACAUCGUUUCAAUCUCAGUGGCCGAAUCCAAUGCUGACUUUGUGUUACUUUCCUCAAACCAACCCUUCCAAGCCUCAAAGGUUCGACCUUUGGUUUCUCCAUUACAUGUUUCGGAAACAGGGGUUUCUGUAAUGGCUCUUCAAAUCACUGUUUUUCCUAAUAAGGGAUUUUGUAUUGGCCUCACUACCCAUCAUGGUGUUGGAGAUGGGAAAUCCGCGACUAUGUUUAUAAAAUCCUGGGCUUACUUAACUAAAGAGAAUAAUCCGCCAUUGUUACCGGAGAAGCUUACACCGUUUUAUGAUCGGACUGUUAUAAAAGACCCAUCUGGGUUUGAAAUGAAGGUCUUGAAUUAUUGGAUAGGGAAUCCUGGAUCAACGUCCUCAGAUUGUAGAAACAACCCAAAACUGUUUCAAUCUGAAUCAAGUCAAAGCUCUGAUCUUGAUGAAUUAUACAGAACCAUUUUCGAACUAAGUCGAUCAGAUAUAGAUAAACUCCGUCGAAGGGUGACAAAUCCAAAUAACCUUCAUUUAUCUUCUUUUGUUCUUACUUACGCUUACAUGUUCGAUUGUUUUCUCAAAGCAACAGAUGGAGAUAAAACUAAAAGUAAAGUCUUUUUAGAUUUCGCCGUCGAUUACCGGAAUCGUUUAACACCUCCGGUGCCGGAAAAUUACUUCGGUAAUUGCGUGGUAAUCAAGGCAAAUUACGACGACAUGAGAGAGGAGGAGUCGACAUUCACUGUUCUUGUGGAAAAGGUGAGUGAUUUAGUGAAAAGUGUGGGGAAAGAGAAGGAUUUACAGAGCGAAACAGAGGAAGUGAUAUCGAGGAUAAUAGCUACUUCGUCGGAGAAUUGUUGCCAUGUCGGAGUAGCUGGGUCGCCGAAGUUGGAACUUUACAGCAUAGAUUUUGGAUGGGGUCGGCCAAAGAAGGUGGUUUUCGUAUCUAUAGAGAAUGGAGCUAUUUCAAUGGCGGAAUGUGGAGAUGGAAGCGGAGGAAUUGAGGUUGGUUUGGUUUUGAAGAAGCAUCAAAUAGAUCUUUUUGCUUCCAUUUUUAUCAAUGGUCUCAAUUAGAAUAAUAAUGUUGUUUGAUUUUGUUUAGUUAAGUGUUUUUCUUUUUUAAAAUUGUAUUGUAUUAAAUUAUGUAAUUAUAUUUUGGGUUUUUUUUU